UCAAAAAUCGUACAAUGCUGUGGAACAGCAUGUAAAUAAACGUUGUAAAUUAUUCUUCAAAAGUCAUUGUUUAUCAAUAAAAGUGGAGAAAAUAAAUGACAGAACAUCAAACAAUGAUUGCCUUAACAAGGAAUGAAUGGUAUUGAAAAACCCAGAUUUAAUAUAAAUCUAGUAUUGAAAUCAAGAGUGUUACCAGCUAUUCUGCUCCUAAGCGUUCUUGACCAAGAAAAAGUACACAAAGAGGUUUUUUCGGCAAACAAUAAUGAGAGUUCAUUAGACUUCGAACUGAAUAAAAACUGGAAUUUUUCGCUUAGAAGAAUCGAGCUCCUCAUUUCACAAAGGCGAAUAAAUCAAGAAAUGUUUCAAAACUUAUUUUUGCUUUGUUUAUCAACAAUUAUCAUCAACAAUCACAAUGGAUAAAAUUGAUUUUGCCAUCGAUGACAACAAAUGUUUUGACGAAUUACUUGAGGAAGCAAAAGAGAAAAUUAAAAACUGUCCUGAGCCAGUUUACAUUCAAAGCGCUGACAUAAUGUUGUUCAGAAAAUUUGGUUGGAGUGACCAGAAGGUCGAAGCAAUUGUCGCCACCCUAAAAUUUCCGAAGAAGGUUUUCGACUCGAGGAAUUUCAAAUCCAUAGUCUCGCACUUUUUCCUUUUCUACUUCACGGGAGAAAUUGAUGAAAAUUGGACUGUGGAAACUACUGUUUAUUCAGCGAUAUCUCUGCUCAAUGUCCCUGACAAAACCGGCGGCUACGAAAGAAUCUUCGACGAGGAAUACAUGGAGACCGAAGAAAUUAAAUCGUUUUACGACUGGGUUGGAAGAACCAAUUGUGCGUCUUUAGAUGAUAUUUAUAUCUUCACUGAUCUCAAUCUUUUCAUUUGCGAAAUCCAAGCUAUCCUGUUGCUCUGGAAUGAAAAAUCAAAUUGGAUAACUGAGAAUCAAGCAAAAUUGAUUAGACUUUCUGCUUUUUUGGCCUUGACUCUUUGCAGGAUUUCAGCAAGAAAUCACAUUCUCCUAAUGGGUGCUUUCAAGAGCAAAGAAUACCGGCAACAUUUGUCUAAUCACGUGGGCUGGAAUAUGCAAAAAGCUUACUGGUCUCCUAGUGCGGAAUGCAUUCGAAAAUGCUACGAGUUAAAAGAUACUCUUAAUCCAAUUUUUGCGAUUGUCGUUAGAGAAUGGAUUCUGACUCUAAAAACAGAUACUCCAAAUGAAUUGAAGCAGCGUCUUCUCUAUGAAUCAUUACUACAUGGCACCGAAGGGUUCGGAAUUGAAAUGAUAAAAAUGCUGGAAACAGUUUUGGGAUACACUCAAAGAACUUUCCAGGAACUGAUGGAGAUGAUAUGCGUUAUGGAACCGAAUAUUACCCAGUUUUCGGAUUGGCAGAUUCUUAUUCAUGUUCACAAGAAGUUUUUAAAUAAAGACAAUCCACAGUAUAGUUUUCAGUGGGCGAGACUGAUUGAUAAUGCAUUUUUGCAAGAGUGCUCAUUGGAUGAAUGCAGCUUUGUUGCUGCAACUUUUGCAGCUAUCGUGGAAUUUAAAGUUGGUCGUAUAACGUGGCAAGCUUCCUGGGCAAAAAAUCGUCCAGAAUUAUGCAGAAGAGGCUACAUUCUGGGCCGGAUGAUUCACGAAGUUCUAAUGGACACAGAUCCUGACAAGUUGGAAGGCAAAAGGCAAAAUCUUCAAAAACAGGAAAGUAGGCCUAUAAUAAAAAGGAUAAGGAGAAUGGAUCACAGAUUCUAAAUAAUACUAUCUAGGGUAUAAUAGAUAAGAGCUCAAAUAGACAAUAUAUCUAAUAUAAUUAUUUAAAAUGGAUAACAUCGUCCUCAAAUGCAAAGUAUUAAUUUGUACUCUUAUAUUUAUGAAAAUAAUUUUGGAUUUAAAUUCUUUAUUCUGAUUAGAAAGAUAAAUCCGCCUAAUUCACAUUUGAUGAUGAUAUUACCUGUUGAAUAGCUGUUAAGAUAAAGUUAUUGAUGAAUUAUUUGAAACUCUGUGUUGUUUUUGAUAACUUUACAAGACUAAAGAGACUUUAUAUGAUUUGUAAUCAUUUGUUAUGUAGUAGUGAGUUAGAUAUAAUUUUGUUAUUUUGACAAAGUUAUAUAUUUUUGUAUUUUCUCUUUAUUCUUACAGAUUUUUCGGAUCUCAAAUAGUGUGAAAAUGCACUUUAAAUUUAUUUAAAUAACUUUUGUAAAUCGUUAAUGAUGUACCAACGACAUUGGUCCUUUUUGUGUUAUUUAAUAAUUCAAUAUUCAUUAUAAUUAUAAUUAUAAUAAAAUUAUAAUUCAAUAUAAUAUCGCUUCGAAGUCCGAGCGAUGGUAAUAAAGUCAAUUAUUAAAUUCGGGCAAAUUCUCCAUUUUGAGCCCGAAUUUAAUGUUGUUACUAAUUUCUUGAAAAAAUCUAUUUUGUAUUUUUUCUAAGCUCAAAUGGUGUUAAAAUACAAUAAUAAUAAAUUUUGUAAUUUUCUAUCGCUUUAAAGUCUAAAUGAUAAUUAAACCAAAGUUUUCA